AUGCCUGAAGUAGCAGAAGUAUGUAUAAUUGAUUUAGAAUAUGAAGGGAAGCUACUAAUACUUACGUCAGGUCGCCCAUGUGUGUGCUUUGAUAAGGAGAAAUCUACUUGGAUUCAGAAUUUCCAAAGUUAA